UAUAAAUUUGUAAUUAAUUUAUCGUGUUUUUUAGUUUUAUGAAAAAAACAAAUGAGAGCUUGCAAAUGUUUCACGAAAUCAUUUUUAAGGCUGUGAUCGUUAUUUUGCCGAUUCUUUUUUAUCAACUUAAGGAGGUAAGUCAUAUUCUUUUUCAAGGCGUACAUAAAAUUGGACUAAUGUUGCUAAUCUUGGGUUUUAGGGUAAUACAAAUCGAGAAAUGAACAUUGAAAUUAUAGGAUUCGCAUUUGGAGCCUCAUUAUUAUGUGGGCUUCCUUGUUACUACGGCGAUAUGCUUUUGGAAAAGACCAAUGAUAUCAAAAUGGCUCUAUAUUCAUGUGGUUGGGAGCAUCACGUAGAAAGAGAACCACGAACGUUAAUAUUAUUAUUGAUGAUCCGCGUGGACCUGCCAGUUGGCUUAAGCACUAUGUUUCUCGAUAUCUGCCUUGAACAAUUAACUGACAUUUAUCGACAAGCUUAUGCUCUCUUUAAUCUUUUAAUUGCUGUUUUGGACUAGACCCGUUUUGAUAACAUGCAAAUAACAAAACAUAUUUAGGAAUCGUUACAUAUUUGGAACAAAAAUGUUAUAAAAAUAUAAUUUUAAAAGAAUAAGUAUUUUAUAGCAAAACUCUUUUUACUAUAUAAAUCAAAAUCGUUGAAUUAAGUCCAGGCAAAACGGAUCAUCAGGCGAAGAUUUAUUACAGAGUAUUGUAAUUUUAAUUGCUAUAAAUUGGAAUAAUCAUGAAAUGUACUUCUAAUGCAAUAUUAAACAAACUAUAAUUAUUUUGUAUAAAUAAUAAAUUAAAUAGUCUCGCAAUCCUCAUGUGCACUUAGUACAUACUCGUAUCUAUUUGUAUAAGACGUAUAUUAUAUAAUAGGAAGAACGUUUAACAAAAAUUA